GUUCCUGCGAAUCUUUUCACAGCCAAACGACAUCAAAAACCGGUCCAAAAGCGCUGAAGAGUCGCACGAAGAGUAGUUUUGACCUGCUGGGCGGCCAUCAUGGGGUGCUGUUACAGCAGCGAUAACGACACGUCGUCCGAGGACGAACAACAAAAGCCAUUAAUUCCUGAUCCAAAUCAAGAAAGAAAACCGACCAAUGGCAUGGAGCGAAACACAGACAGUCUGCUGUCCAAACGCACAGAUGAGCAGUCUCUGCUUAAUGGCAUUCUCCAGCGGACAGCCUUGAACAUCAUUGAUGUGGCGGCUGUUGAUUCUCAAGGCAUGGAGCAACAUGAAUACAUGGACAAAGCCAGACAGUACAGCACAAAGCUGGAGGUUAUGAGUAGAUCACUGUCACAGAAGAAGCCCGUUCCUCUCCCAUCACUCACCAGUCAACCACACCAAGUACUCGCUGCUGACCUGGUGCCCUACACAGAUGUACAACAGGUUUCUAAGAUUGCUGCGUACGCCUACAGCGCCAUCUCACAAAUCAAAGUAGAUGCAAAAGAAGAGCUGGUGGUGCAGUUUGCUAUACCCUGAUUUAUAACUAAUCCCCACCUCCUCACAUUUUCUCUCUUUCUGGCCCUUUUCCGUUCUCCAUUUUUCCUCCUAACUUCAAUCUACAAACGAUGCAGAGACCAUUCAGACCAGAGCCCCUUACGGCCGUAACCCAGCACCCCUCAGAUCAGCGCAGACAUAGCUUAUGGGUGUUAUAUUGCCUGUAACUUGUGUUUGGAUAUCCAAAACCCUCAUUAAACAAAUACAACAAACAUCUAUAACUCUCCGAUCGUCAAGAUGAUCGCUUUAGUGAAGUGAUGUCUUCAACCAGACACGUUUGAGUCAGUUGGAGGUUGUUCUUGCAAUCGUACAGGCUUGUAUGACACAAUGCAGUGAACACAUACUCCCAUCUCUAUAUUUAUUGUCUUACUGGCUAGAAACUGUACUAGAGUCAGUAUAAAUUUGCAGUUUGGUUGGAUAUUAUACCGUCUUAGUGUCUAAACACAGAGGUUGUUGGGAGGGUUUGGUUCAGCAUCGUCCUGCAUGUCGUUGUUAUUCUCAUGUAGGUUUCUGGAAUCACUGUGGCUUCGAGUUCGUUUUAAAUCCCACAAAUGUAUGCACUGUGGUUCAAGAUAACGUUCUGGAUUAAAAUAAGCAAGAUAAUAAAUAAUAACACUUGUAUCUAAUCAGAGUAAAAUGCACAUAAUGUUAUUAUUUCUUUGUUUUCCCAUCACACCAGUAGAGUCAAACCAAGUGAACCAUUUUGCUUUGCACAGUUUGAUCAAAACUCUCUCUAAAAUUGACGUUUACUCAAGGGAUGGAAGCACUGCAUGAAGUCCAUUGUAGUUUCAUACAUUUCAGUCUUAUUUUAGCCUUAUCAUAAUUUUUCUUUCGAAGGCAAAACCCCAUUACAUUGGGUAGUUAGAGAGUGAUAGCAUCAAAUAAUACGAGCUUAUGUGCACGAGGGUGUGUCUGGUCUUAUCAGUAAUUUUGGUUCUGUUCUCUUUGACAUACCUUUCCUAAUAUCCCAUCUGUUCAAAUCAAAUAUACAGUCACAUCAGACACGAUGGACACCUGGAAAGCAAUCUCUAUGAAGCCCAGAGCGGUGCGGCUUGUCUAACAUAAACAUACUGUGAGGUGGUGGGUUUGAACUGUGUUGCGAUGGAGUGAUGUAAGUUUGUAAAUUAUGUUGUUUGUGUCCAUGCCUUUAAUGUACAGAGUGUAAUGAUUUGAAAUGAAGAGAAUGAUUAAUACAACUCGUAGCAGGAAAUGAAUGGCUCUACAGCGCCCCCUAGCCGCAUUAUGCCUUAGUCGUAAGGCCUUGCGAAGAACGGUAGCUUGUUUUUAGCUAAUCAAACAGGGAAACUUUUACCUGCAUGUUCCACUUUUAAACUAUUAAAGCUUAUGAAAGUUAGAAAAAACAUUUUUUUUUUGCUUUUGUGCCGAACAUAAGGAAAUCACCGGAAAAAUCAAUUGGCUGGUGUUUUUACCAAAAUGCCACAACAAAAAUGUUUGUGUAAUUAUUAUUUAUUUUUGUUUUUACAUAUUUAUGCAAGCAUACAGACAGUGUGGUAAUAAUUUGCUCUCUUUAUCAUCGCAAGGCACUUUCAUUGAGGUUAAUAAAGGGAUUAAAGACUCAAAUUAAUUUUUUUUCGGUUUCUGUUGCAGUUUGCUAAUAGUAUUAUUCACUUUUUGUUUGUUAUCUAAAUGUUGGAUACUACCUGAUUUACAGAGGUAAUUUUCUUAGGCUAGUACCAAAAAAUGUAAUCUCAAUAUUCUGUUAAUACCGUUUUGUUGAAUGAAAUAAUGCAUUAAAGACUUUAAAAAAUUAUAA